AUGUCUGCAGGUGCACGCGACGUGCUUCCCACCAAUAUCAUGCGCAGCCGCAAGGCCGGCGAGACGAAUGAGGAUAUCAGCGCCACCGCAGACCGUUUCCGCGCGCGCUACGAGGGGAAGGACGCCUCCGUCAAGGGUCGCAAGGAAGAGGCGACGGAGAUGGUCAACGAGUACUACGACCUCGUGACCGACUUCUACGAGUACGGAUGGGGGCAGAACUUCCACUUCGCUCCACGUUACCUUUGCGAGUCCUUCUACGAGUCGCUCGCGCGCCACGAGUUCUUCCUCGCGUACCAGGCGUCCUUCAAGCCAACCGACACGGUGCUCGACCUCGGCUGCGGCGUUGGUGGCCCGGCGCGCAACGUUUUGCGCUUCGCCGGCUGCAGCGUAAUGGGUGUGAACAACAAUGAAUACCAGAUAUCGCGCGGCCGUCGCCACGACACACGGCUCGGCAUGAACAGCAAGAUCAACUACACCAAGACGGACUUCUGCAAUAUGUGCUUUGCCGACAACGAGUACGACGGUGCCUACGCGAUUGAGGCUACCUGCCACGCCACCGACAAGGUGAAGUGCUAUAGUGAGGUGUUUCGCGUCAUCAAGCCAGGCGCCUACUUCGUCGCCUACGAGUGGUGCAUCACGGACAAGUACGACCCGAACAAUGAGGAACACCGCCGUGUCCGCCACGGCAUCGAGCUUGGCGACAGCCUCCCCGACUUGGAGACGACGCAGCAGGUGGUGCGGGCGAUGGAGGCCUCCGGUUUCAUUGUGGAGGACCACUUCGACAUGAUUGAGCGCUUCGAGACGAGCCCACUCAAGAACAUACCGUGGUACGCGCCGCUGCAGGGCAACUACACGUCCCUCAUGGGCCUCAAGUCGACCCCGCUCGGCCGCUGGGUGACGAGCAAAAUGUGCCGCCUGCUCGAGUUCGGCGGUCUCGCGCCGAAGGGGACGUUCAAAGCGACGGAAAUUUUGGAGGAGGCUGCGGUGAACCUCGUGCGGGGCGGUGAGCUGGGCAUCUUCACCCCGUCCUUCUUCAUUAAGGCACGCAAGCCACUCCCAGGUGAGAAGGCCAAGCCACACUCCUGA